CACGUGUCCCGGGAGGAUCAGCGGAGGGAUCGGGAAUCGCUGUCAUUCCGGCGUGCGGUUCCCGAUAGGACAACAGCAAGAUGUCUGGCGGGAUCUUCUCCCCCUUGGAUAACUUGUACGAUCCGGACAGCGCCAACUGCCACCCCCUGGUGUGUCACUUGUGCCACCAGCAGUAUGAGCAACCGUGCCUGAUGGACUGCUACCACACCUUCUGCGCUGCCUGCCUCCGCGGCAGGGCGCUGGACAGCCGCCUGAGCUGCCCCCUUUGUGGACAUCAGUCGAUUGUGAAAGGGAUCAACGCGCUGCCUCCAGAGGACCGGCUGCUCAAGUUCCUGGUGGAUAACUCCGCAGACUGCGAGGAGAUUGUACAGUGUGCCAACUGUGACCUGGAAUGCAAGAAACAGGAUGUGGAUACAAUGUAUUAUUGCAACACAUGUAGCCAGCCCUUGUGCCGCGACUGUAGGGAAGCCACACAUAAAGCCAAGAUGUUCGCCCGUCAUGAGAUCGUCUCCCUGGCUAAAUGCACCAAGGAAGUCCACAAAAAGUGCUCCCUGCACGAAGAGCUCUACAUCAUGUUCUCCACCGAAAAAAAGUCAAUGCUAUGCAUCAAUUGUUUCCGAGACAUGCAAGUGGAAAGCCGAGCACAUUGCAUCGAUAUUGAAACAGCGUAUAUGCAAGGCUGUGAAAAACUGGACCAAGCGGUAUUAGCAGUGAAGGAGCUACAGACAUCAGCACGUGAGGCCAUCGUCCUGCUGAAGGCCAUGAUCUCGGAGGUCAGGGCCAACGUGGACGAGGAAGAGACGGCCAUUAACACACUCUUCAACAACAUGCAGGAAAAACUGGCGGAGAGGAGGAAGAUUCUUCUAAAAGCUGCUCAAAGUCAGCACGAGGAGAAGGAGAAGGCUUUUAAGGAGCAGCUGUCUCACCUGGCAGCUCUUCUCCCUACCUUACAGGUUCACCUGGUCACAUGUUCUGCCUUCCUUAGCUCAGCCAAUAAGUUUGAGUUCCUGGAUAUGGGAUAUCAAUUGAUGGAGAGACUGAAGAAGAUUGUGAAGCUGCCACACAGGCUGAGGCCGACCCAGAGCAGCAAGAUUAACACGGAGUACCGGUCCGAGUUUGCCCGUUGCCUGGAGUCGCUGCUCCUUCUGGGCCAGCGGCGGUCCGUGUCUGCCUCAGGGGGCAUCUCUGGCCUGGGUCUGGGCAACGGCAGUGGCCUAUUACAGUCCUCCCUGUCUGUGCCGUGUCAUUCGCCCUCAAUCAGCGACAUGUCACUGGGCUCCUCGGUGGUACGCAAACCCACCUCCCACCGAUACAUCAGUACCAAGGUCCUGCUGGCAGAGGGUGGUGACACCCCCUUUACCGAGCAUUGCCGCAACUACGAGAAUAUCUACAAGACUCUGCAGACUGAGAUCCAGAAGCUGAAGGAUCAGGUGCAGGAAAUGCACAGGGAUUUGACCAAGCACCACUCACUCAUCAAGACAGACACCAUGGGCGAGAUCCUGGAGAAGUCGCUGCACGUGGAUAGCCAGAUUGCAUCGGAGUACUCCGCUGUGGAGAUGAUGAGGACUGUCUUUGAGGAGAUUUGGGAAGAGACGUUUCAGAGGGUGGCCAAUGAACAGGAGAUCUAUGAAGCACAGCUUCACGACCUACUGCAGCUGAAACAGGAGAACAACUACCUGACGACUAUCACUCGGCAGAUCGGACCCUACAUCCGGUCCAUAGCCAAGGUGAAGGAGCGCCUGGAACCCAGACUGAAAGAGCCAUCGGACCUGAAGGACGACCGCACAGAGACCAUGCUGAACAUCUACGAUGACUGCAACAUGAUCACAGACGCACAGCACAGAAAUGACCUGACCGGUGCUGCAGAGGACAAUCGCGACAAGGUCCCAGACAAUCGCUCAAUCAACAUCCUGUCUGAAGACAUGUCGCUUAAGAACAAGGACUACUACUGGUCGGGGAAGCAGAAGAACUCCACGGAUGUGCCCGGUCGGAAAGAGAUGCCUUUAUAAAAGCAGUUCCCCAAUGCGGUCUUUCACUGCACCAUCGGGGAGCACCAGGACUCGUCAGCAACACCUUUAUCUGGCAUAUGCUUCAGCACCAGUUUGUGGUAGGAGGCACAAGUGCUCAGGAUUCACAGCCAGCGCGUUUGCAGGCGCCUGACCUGAACUGACUGAUGUUGCUCAUCUAGUUAUAGCUGUAGGUUUUCCAUAAAUGGAAUUAAUGAAUGUAUGAACAAUGAAUCUGGAGGAUCAGCUUACGCAAAUAGAUGAUUUUUAUAGAAAAUAUGGACUUUUUUUUCCAGAUAUUUUUGCCGAGCUAGAGUUCUCUAUGAUAAUGAAUGUUUAAUGAUCGAUAUUGACAUUAUUAUAUUGGUAUUAUUGCUGUAAUAAUCCCUAUAGUUUUUUUCAAUAGUAUUUUAAGUAAACUAAAGCACAGUUUAGUUGAUUUAAUGAACAAAUCCAGUCAUUAUAAAGAUGCAGUAGAUAUAAAUAGCAAAGCAUGUUAGGUGUCUGAUGGCACUGCUUGUUAUUAUAGCUGUAGAUUUCUGUCCACGGCUGUCUUUAGCAUUUGUGGUUAGGGUUUGAUAAGAACAUCGGAAAGAAUUCUCUUAAAACUAAAGCUGGAAGCAGAAACCGGGCAACGACAAAUGAAAGAGCAAUGAUCAAGAAUGAUCAGGUGUUGGAAUUCAUAGCAAUCUUUGACUUUCAUGGUGACAGAACGGGUUGAGAGAUGAUAACGAUGCAGAAUUACAACAGCAGCUCUCAGAUGAAUUUGACUUCCAGUUUAAAUAACUCGGGAGGUACACGACAGUGCAGUACUGUACGAAGAGCCGCUUACAACAGGACUUCUGUGGAGAUGCAUGGUUUUAAGCCAAGCCAGUCCCACUCGUAAUUUAUGAAAAUAUUCAACAGAUGUGGGGGGGUUAUAAAAAAAUUUAUUGAUUGUCUGAAUUCACAAUUUUCAAAGGCAAAAUUGAAACAUAGUAUAACAUGUUGUUUGAAGAUGGAUGACGCCAGUAAUAUGAAGACAAAAGCUGUCACAGAUGUAACUUGGCUAAACUGGACCAAGAGGUAUCAAGUGUUUCUGCUUGAAAUGGCCCAGUAUCAGUACAGGUUUAUCCUAACCAGGUCUUUUUGGUAUAACAGUCAACCUAGCCAACAAUAAAUAUUAUGGAGACAAAAAAAUGAUAAUACCUUGCUUUAUUUCCCUAAAUCCAUUUGCAGAGUCUUCUAUUUACUAAAAGUCAAGUCAAAUAAAAUGUCUACCAACAGUGCCCCCCUCCCCCAACCUCUGAAAACCUUGGGCAGCAGUACCCCCUAAUAUGAAGUCAUCACCCUUAAAACAUAGUGGAGGCCCUUUUUGUUUUUUAAACCCAAGUCUCUGCAGCCUUGACUGCUCACCAUAAAAGUGCAUUAAAGAGUAAAUAAAUUGGUUGAUUCAGUACACAGAACGGCUGGGGCCUUGGGGGGGAAACAGGGGGGCCCACCUGGACUCUGACACAUUUUGCAGUUCUUUUGGCGGAAUGCUGGCCAGGAAAUCAAACAUUCAGGCAGACCUCACAGUAUGAAGGAACCCGUACUGAUUCGUGGAACCGAAACCUGUCAUCCCGUCGGAACGUGACUGUACACAAGUUAAUGAUCCAUCUGCUACACGCUUUGUAAUCGUCCUCAACGAAGACAAGGCCUCAUUACUCAUGCCUGAAGCUAAAAGCGGCCCUCAAUGAAAGCGAGGAAUCCCAGCCGCCCACCACAGAGACAAGUGUCUGAUGACUGCGCCUAUGCUCCAAAGCAUCCAGACCGAAAACAGAAAAACUAUUUAAAAAAAGGACAGACAUAAUGAUUUUUAAAGCUGAAAAAACACUAAAAUUGCUUAAUACUGGCCUCCUGAAGUAAUACGGUAAAGAAAGUGAAACAUUAUGACAAAAUAGAGGUGCACAGGGAGCUGAACACUGGCCACCAGUUUGGUGCUCAGUGACUGAAUGCACUAAGAAACAGAACUGAUGAAGACCUAGACUGAACAGAACAGUGACCUUGGCCACCGCUAUAUGGUGAGAUGCCCCGACAUACACAGUGGUGUUUGGAAAUGAAACAACAUUAAAAAUGAGACAUCAUGUGUGAUUGGCUGUUACCCAUCCAUGUGCCAGGCUGCUGGAAAUAAGGAAAGGGGGGAAGGGGGGGGGGCUACAAGCCAUUAUAGUGCUCAGUAUUUAGUUUCAGUGUCUGUGUGACCACUUUGGUCCCUGCAGCAGCCAGAAGGCCAACGACGGCAUGACCGGCGUCCUCUGACAUCCUCACAGGAGGUCAGCUUGAAAGCAAAGUCUUAAAAAAAAUCCCAUUUCCGAGUCUCUCUUGCCCGGCGUUCAGCUCUGUACCCGGAUGCCUGGGAUGAAGGGCAAACCCGUGGACACCUUUCGCUUGUAGUCCAGGUAGUUCUCACCGAAGAAGUGGAUUAGCGAGAUUUCUUCCUCCUCAAUGCGCUCGCGGAAGAAACGCCAGCUGGCUAGGGUGUAGCCGAGUAAGCAGACCGGGUUACAUAGCAUCACCUGAGCAGGGAGACAAAUACACACUGGCUUAUACAGCAUCACCUCAAAAUGUAGAAGGACGUGCAUUUAGUAGUGAAAGCCAAAUGAAGCUUCAUGAACCAUUUGCUGUAUUUUCUGACUCCACUAGAUGGCGAUCUCUGUUAAAAAAAAAGGGCUCAAAGCAAACCAAGAGCACCAUCUAGUGGAGUCAGAAAAUACAGCAAAUGGUUCAAGAAGCUUCAUCUGGCCAUCACUAGUGUUUAGGGUUGACCAUUACAUACAAGUGUUUGUACUAUAUUUAUCCAGCCAUAUUUUACAACUGCUUAAGCAGUACAGGGUUGGAGGAGAGGCACAGGGCACAAAGCAGGGGACGGCGAAAUGGAAUGCAGACAUUAAAACCAGUUUAGAGACGGCAAUGGAUGUAACUGCAGGAAGACUAUGGGAGGAAACCGGGGUACCGAGAUGGAUCCUGUGGUCCGAUUCCCAAAAGCUCCUGUUAGCGACUUACACAGUGGAAACCAUUUAGUCACAUGGUUCCAACUAUGUAAGUUGCUAACUUUUUGGAAACUAACUUCUGGUUGACAUGGAGAAAGAACACAAACUCACAGAACUGGGGGUAGGAAUCAAAACAACAAAAAACAAGUAAAAUGUUCAUAUUUAUACUGAACUGAUCCAAACACGUUUCCUAUCCAUAUCUUAGCAUUUUUAUAUUUGGAAAAAUUGACUUAAGUAAGAAUUCUUCAUCCAAAUUGACAGCAUAAGACUGUAAAAAUGAUGUGACUAUCUGCUCUUCUGACGACGUAGUUAAAAAAACAGGGCUCAGAAUAGGAGACAUGAGCUGAAAAAGUUAGUUUUACCAAUAUAUGCAGUUAUACUAAGAACCAAUGUAUUACUUGUUCUAAAAUUCACCUGCGUGCCAAUGCUCCAGUAGAACCAGCCAACGUAUGAGGGGUGCCGGCAGAAGGCGUAGACCCCGCUGGUCACCAGCACGUGGCUCUGGGCCUUCUCGUUCUGGACCACGUGGUUGAAGUUAGAGCCGGCAGUCAGCAUGGCGGACUUGCGCAGGCCCUCUCCGCACAACACCAUGAGCAGCCCCAGCAGGCUGACCCAGCCCAGCUGCUUCAGCUCUGCGGGGGAAGAAAGAAGCAGCAGGGAUCAGCCCACGGCCAGCGGGGAUCAGCCCACGGCCAGCGGGGAUCAGCCCACGGCCAGCGGGGAUCAGCCCACGGCCAACGGGGAUCAGCCCACGGCCAACGGGGAUCAGCCCACGGCCAACGGGGAUCAGCCCAUAGCCACCACAUCAUACUGUGAUGCACCCAGGUCCUCAGUCAUUGGCUCGCAAAAUGGGGAGCUAACAGGAACAAAGAAACAGAUGUACGGUAGGGUAGCAACUAGGCUUGGGCAGUAUUAUGAUAAUAUGGUACACCGUAAAAUUCUGGGUAUUACUGCAGUAUACUGAAAUCUUCUCAGAUGAGACAAAUAAUAUAUGAACAGGCCAACUGGGGACUAAAACGGUGUUUUCUAUUAAAACACCAAGUGUAAAAAAGCCCACUGAUAUUAAGCAAGAAGAGUGUGAGGAGUGGUAGGAGCACCUGGGAAGAGGAGUUUCUCGACCAUGAACUCCACCCAUGAGGACACGGCUGCUACAGUAUACUCCACGCUGUGGUUGAGCAGGAAGGAAUCCAGGGACAGGCUACGAGGGUUAAUGAUGGCCGUCACCAGGUACUCGGAGUAGUGGAAGAAGGACAGGGAGCACAUGUACCUGUCAGAGAGGUCGUCACUGUUAAGUUGGUCCAGCUGUCAGAACCCCAGGUGAAAGAAAUUUAGACAGUACUGGGUUAACCUCAACUACUGGUGCAUACGUGACAAGCUGCAUAAAUGCUGUCUCCAAACUUCACAGACAUUUCCAGACACUUCUAAUAGCCUUUUCACACCUUUCCACAACCUUAUCACUGUCGCAAAGAAAGAGAACCACAUCCUCAGAAGAACGACGAACAUUUGCCAGAACUGAGGAAGACAGAUCAAGACUUUUGGCGACCUAGCAACCAAACAGGCAAAAGAAACCAAAAGAAAUUCUACAGAAAAGCUUACGUCUACAGCCCGGAACACGCCAAGCCAAUUUUGGGCCUUUGGAAACUGUCACAGCAUCGGUGAGAGUUGGUGACCGCCUGUCGUGCCGGUGUGUGUAGCAGUCAGACACGGUUAGUCACCAUCGGUGCCGUUUUGGCCAAUUUAGUAUGCUGAAUCGGCUUCAGAGCUAGCUGGCGAAACUGAGCUCUCUGAUUGGGCAGCAUGUCAACUGUCACCUCUAGUCGUGCCGAUGUGUUCCAGCACAAAUUUUCACAAUCAAUGGGAGCUGAUGGCAGCCAAUGUCAGCUGAUGGGAGCCGAUUAUUUGUCGUUGUUGGUCUGCACUAGUCUUUUGCCGUCGGCUUGGUGUGUACCCAGGUUAAGGUUGUGGUCAAGUUCUUGGCUAAUAGUUGAAGAGAAAGACAGCCUUCCCCUAGCAACCUAGAAAUUGUUUUAAGCAUGCCCUUCUUCCUGUUGAACCUCUGUAGAAUGGUGCUGUUUUUUGUAUGACAAACUGUCUACCUUGCAUGCAAUAAAGGGCUUCCAUAUUUACCAAGCU